UAAAUUUAGCGAUACAUUCUAUUUAUAGUUUGACGAGAAAGCGAGAGUCGAGCUAACGGCUAAGCCGGUUGACGAAGCUCCUGGCGUGGCGGUCGUGGGGUUUGCCGUUAGGAUUUCUCUCAGGUCUCCCCUUUCCUCCUUCCCACUUUCCCCUCACAAACAGGAGAGAGAAAAACUAGAGAGAGAGAGUAUUAUUUGUGUGUGCGCGCGCACUAAAGAAUACACAAUGAUUGUGAUUGGCUUGUGAUGGAGUAGCACCGAUAAUGACGACACUCAAUCUUUUGCUUCGUUACAAAACUCAGACCAUGAAUGAAGGAAACCCCCAAAAAAACAAAGAAUUGUAGCUUCCUUUUGUUGCAGACAUCCCAUCCCAUUCUUGCAUUUCUGUGAUGCCUUUUGAUUUCAGAUAAAGGCUGACUUUCUCGGGAUUUGAUUAUCCGGACUUACAGUGAAGAGAAAGAGAUUUCACAAGGGUUUCUGAGGAUUUUAUGUUUAUUAUAUAUUUUAUUUUACAACUUCUUCUUGUCUAAUUUGAAUCAUGGGGGAUCAUUUUGUGUUGUUGGUCGAUCGGUUGCUCACUGAAUCCACCCUUGAAGCUGCUAUUGAGAGCAAAAAUCGUUUGCAGAAAGCCAUGCCGUCAGCGAGUGAAGAUAUGGUGACUAAUUUUUCUUCCCAUAGGAUGGAUGUGGAUGUUGGAUUCGGACCUGGGAAAAUGGUAGAGUGUAGGAUUUGCCAGGAUGAAGAUGAGGACUCAAACAUGGAGAUCCCGUGUUCUUGCUGUGGUAGCUUGAAGUAUGCCCAUCGCAGAUGCGUCCAAAGGUGGUGCAAUGAGAAGGGGAACACUAUCUGUGAGAUCUGCCACCAGCAAUUCAAGCCAGAUUACACAGCACCACCCCCUCUGUUCCAUUAUGGUGGUAUUCCAAUGAACUUCAGGGGACAUUGGGAAGUUUCCAGGAGGGACCAGCAUAAUCCUCAACUUAUAGCCAUGGUUGCUGCUGAUCGCAAUUUUCUGGAUCAGAACUUUGAUGACUAUUCAUCUCCCACUUCAAGAAGCCUGAUAUGCUGCCGUUUAGUUGCUACAAUUUUUAUGGUUCUUUUGGUGUUACGCCAUACUCUACCUAUCAUUAUUAGUGGAGCUGGAGAAUACUCAAUUACAUUGUUAAUGCUACUGGUGUUGAGAACUGUUGGGAUCCUUCUGCCAAUCUAUAUCAUGGUUAAAGCAUUUACAGCUAUCCAACGUCGACGUCACCAACAGGAUUCUCGUAACUUUGCUCUUGCCACAUCAGACGAAGAAACUGAGCUGCCACAACUGCAGCUUCAACCACAUCUCAUUCAUUUUCAGUAAAUGCUGCUACCUUCACUCACUUUUAGGAAGCUAAUCGCACGAAGUAUCAGCAUGAGAGGAGCAAAACAGAAAUUGCUUCCUGCAAUUUAUAUUGGGUGCAGAAGGAAGUCUUGUGACUCCAUUUAGAUGCUCACUUAUGACCGGGUAAUGCAAUGCGACUAAGCACUUAUAUUGCUGUAUCAUCCUUGAAUCUUCUGCGUCUCUAGAAGAAUUCGGAAAACUGUUUUUUUAAUUAGGAAUAUAAUCCACUGUAUAUACAUUAUACCAAAAAAAAAAAAAAAAUGAAA